AUGACUUCCACACCGCCAUCCCCCAGUCCCAACCCGGGGGAGAUUCGCUCUCUUCCUCGGCGCGCCGGCUACACCUACUCCCAUCCCAGCCCCUCCCGCACCCCCGUUCCCCGGUCCAACUCUCUCUAUCUCCGCUAUCGAAACUCUCCCGAUGAAAGCUCUGCCAUGACCGACGUUGAAAGCGGUAUCGACCGGUUCGAAUCGAGCAGCGAGGACGAUGGCGACUACCAGAGCGACGCUGAAGGCCUUCUCGAAGUCACAACCGACGACGACCUGGCUGAAGAUGGAGACGAUGAAGAGAGCGAUGUCGAUUGUGGACUUGAGGCUGGUCCUUACACACCCACACCGACUCCCUCCCUUAGACCGCAGACUCCAAAGCUUCCCGCUUUUGCCAUCAUUGACAGAAAGAGAUCCAGAAGUGCAGACUCGUCUGACGAGAGUGACCAAGAAGAUCGUGGGGCUGGCCCCGCCGAAAAGAGGCGACCGAUCAAACACGCACGCAAGUCAUCGUACCCUCCCGAAAAGUUCUCCAACGUUGUAGGAUCUAUCGAAGGUCUUGAUCAGGACUUUAGUUCUUUGCGGACAUCCAGUCUUAUCAUGCGUGCGGAAGUGCAGAUCAACCCUACACAGGCCUUCCUGGACGCUGCAGCUUCCAUCCGCAAGGCUCCUAUCAAGACUUCCUCUCGUCUUCGAGCCCGCCAGCAAGCUUACAGAAAGCUUCACAGAAGACCUCGAGGCCGAAAGUUUUCGAGCCCUGGCGCUCUCGAGGAUCCACUUGUCAACCUCCCAGCUCUCCAGGCUUGGGACAGGAACUCUUGGCACUUCAACGGCGAUACGCCUGACAUGGCUAUCGACACUACGGACAGGCUCUAUGACAGUGAUGCUAGCAUGAGAUCGAUCUCCGACUCAAACUCUUCGUCCAGCGACGUGGAAAUGCUCAGUGCUUCUCGCAUUCCCGUAUCAAACACUGCGCAUGUUGAGCAACCUGCCAUCGAGGAGCUCCGCUCAAAGGUCAACCCUGUCGCCCGACCCCGUUACAAGCCCGCUCAGCCAUUGAGCAAUCAACAAGUCACCGGUCUCAGACUUGAACAGCUCAAGUCUGAGCGAGGUGUCCAGCGGCUCCCUCGACAUCAACACUUCCCCGUGCGUACUGCUGGUCAGCACAGCACUUCCCGUCUCCGUCGUACCUCCCCUACCUCUCUCCUUCCUGUCCGACGUGGCUUCUGUGGCUACGCUCGUCAGCUACUGGAUGACCCCAUUGUCAGAUCCGUCGACGCAUUUAUGCCCAAGGCUGGCCGUUCUGUCCACCCCAACUUGCAGUUCUGUGCGGUACUUCCUGGCUUGAGUCGUAUUGCGCUCUUCCGAGCCCAGAGAGCUGCGAGAAAGUUCCGCAUAGAAGCUGUCAAAGCUCAAAGCGGGAGAAUCAACGAGAGGAUUGCGGAGCGAAGAAAAUGGCUGGAGGCUUUGUACAGACAAGACUCGGUAGCAUCCACCGACGCAUGUCAGGACCAGGCUAUUGAGGAAGCGGCCGUUGAGGAUCUUACGGAGCGUCAACCCGAAUCUCCUGUGGCAGAGACUUCUCGCAAGCGUGCUCGAGAGCGUUCUGUCACGCCUUCCCCCGAAGAGCGACAAGUUCGACCCCGUACCGAGGAAGACCCAGAGAUCAUGGCCCGUCGAGUGGCGUCUAUCCAGUCUGAUCUUCAGGCUCGAGCUGCUGAGCAGCGAGCGCGAGAGGUGCAGUCCAGGCGGGCAGCCGAACAUGCGGCGGAAGAGAGGGAGUGGGAGAUGGAGAGAAUCAGGGAGGAGGAAAGGCUUCUCGCUCUUCGGCAGGUCCAGGAACAAGCCGAUUCUCGCAUCGCCCGAGAGUUGAGUCUCGCUCUUGACGACAACCUCACCGAUGUCAGUAGCGAGCCUAGUGAAGCCACUGAAAGCGUCGCCGGCGACGAGCUCGAGGAACUUGGAGAGCGCUCGCGAUCGUCGAGCCCUGCCCUUUCCGACGUCACCGUCCGCUCUGACCCUCCCGAGUAUGAGCCACCCAAUGCCCACCCCCUCGGCGCAUUCCCCUCGUCUGCCAACGUCGCAUCCGACGCUCCUUUCGUGAGACACAUUCCUCACCGCCCUCGUCCUCAGACACCUCCCCGAGUCCCCGCGCGUCUGCCAUCAUACAACCAAGCUUGGCAAACCCGCUAUACUCGUGCCUCUCCCCCUCCUCCUCCUCCUUACAAUGCCCAGACCGACCGCGAGACGGUCAUGGCUGCGAGGUUCGAGGCGGAGCAAGAGUCUCAGGAAGGUACCGAGUCGUACGAGUUUGGAGGAAGGAGGAGGUUUGCGCCUGCUGCUGCCGAGCGAGAGGAGGAGCGGGCUGCCAGCCCUGAGCCCGUAUAUCCUAUCGUUGGGGCUUUCCCGUCCAGCGCCCAUCGAUCUCAGCCCGUCCAGCUGGUCGCUCCUAUCCCUCGCCGACCACAGGUCGACUCUGUGGUCGCUUUCGAGGCCGCGUUGGACAUGGAAGAAGGUGAAGUGGACCUGGGGUUGUUUGAUGAUGAUGAUGAUGAGCAUGAGGAAAGGGGUGAUGUUGGUGCUUUCCAGAGGAUGAUGAGAUUUGUCUGGGGUGGUAGGCAGUGA